AUGGAAAGCAAUAUGUUGAUUAUAACGUUUGUUUUGUUUGUGGUGAGUUUAGCGUCAGGGAGGUCCCCACAUGCAGACGAUGUGGAGAAGUUAGUCAGAAGCAGCAGUUUCAGAACAAGAAUUUCAGAUAAUGUAUUUGAGGACGCCAGAUUGGAUGUGACUCAACUCAUCCGGAAGUACAGAUAUCCAUUGGAAGUACAUAACGUGACGACUUCAGAUGGAUACAUUCUACAGAUGCACCGCAUACCGCACGGCCGAGAUCACAACAAUGUUCGUGAUCCAAAGAAACCUGUCAUAUUUUUGAUGCAUGGAUUAUUAACAUCUUCUGCCGAUUGGGUCAUUAUGGGACCUGGUUGCGGAUUUGGUUAUCUUCUGGCUGAGGCCGGAUUCGACGUAUGGAUGGGGAACGCCCGCGGCAACACGUACUCCCGAAGGCACGUUCGAUUGAAUCCCGAUUCUAUAAUUAAUAAAUCUUUUUGGCAUUUUUCUUGGGACGAAAUCGGUAAUAUAGACUUGCCAGCAAUGAUAGAUUAUGCGCUGGCUCACACGGGACAGAAGAAACUGCAUUACGUUGGCCAUUCUCAAGGAACGACAGUAUUCUUUGUUAUGGGCUCUCUUCGUCCUCAGUACAAUGAAAAAAUAGUGUCGAUGCACGCUUUUGGUCCUGUUGCGUACAUGGCGCAUAAUAAGAGUCCUUUGUUGAACGCAAUAUCACCGCAUGUUAACAAGAUAGAGUAUCUCUUGUCUAUCAUUGGUACAGGAGAGUUUUUGUCCGACAAUGCAAUAGCGACGUGGGUCGGCGAAACGCUAUGCAAGGAUGAAGCGAGAGCGGCAGCUAGACAGCUGGUGCAUUAUGGUCAGAGCAUCGCCGACAAAGAGUUCCGUCGCUACGAUCACGGCUGGAUGAAAAACGUACUCACAUAUGGCGCAAGGAGACCGCCCAGAUAUAAUUUGGGAAAUAUUAAAAUUCCCACAUUUUUACAUUACACUUACAAUGAUCCCUUAUCUCAAAUUGAAGAUGUUGAUCGUCUUCAUAAAGAACUAGGUGCAAGUAUUAAGAUGCUUGUACCGUUGCCACUAUUUAGUCACAUAGAUUUUAUGUGGGCUAUAGAUGCUAAGGAAUUGUUGUACGACAGAGUAAUAAAUAUAAUGCUGUCUAUUGAAGCACAAUCUUAA